AUGGACCGUGCAUUAGAAAAAACAUUGGCGGACCUAGAAAAAGAAGAAUGGUAUCAUGGACAUCUACCGUAUGAAGACAUAGUUGGAUUGAUGAAGAACGACGGAGACUUCCUUCUAAGAGGCUUGGAGCCUGAAGGAGAUCACCACGCUAUGGUAUGCUUGUCGGUGAAAUGGGAGGGAAAAGUACGAGACUUUCCUGUACAUUACAUGCUACGGAACAAUGAGCGCGUAUACACCCUGGACGGAACUGUUCAGAGCAAUGACAUAAUGGAACUUGUGAAAUACUAUCUUUCGUCGGCAAAACCUGCCUAUGAAGCUAUUCUCAAAAAGCCCAUAUGUAAACAGCCUUGGGAGUUAACAAUUGACAAGAUCAGAAUGGUGCAAAUAGUUGGAACUGGAGCUUUCGGUGAAGUUUGGCGAGGGACUAUGCAGGAAGGACCGAGCAAACCUCCGGUCGAUGUUGCCAUUAAAAUGGUGAGAUUUUUCAUUGAAGAAACACUCCGUGAGGGUCCCGCACAAAUAAUCUCUUCCCUGUAA